UUGGAGAGAAAUGUUUUUAUUUUGGCAGCUCUUCAUUAUAUAAGGUUUCAGCUUUAACGACAAAGCCAAUAGAGCGAGAGAGAGAGAAAGAAAAACGCGCAAAAAGAAACAUUUGUAUCAAAUUGAGUGAUAUAAUCUUGAAAAUUUUGAUUCUGAAUUUUUUUUUUGUUUCGUUUUCAAUUUUUGUUUGAAAAUUUCAAUGUUUUCUGGAAAAAUUUUAAGUUUGUAUUAAAAACAAGUGGCAAUAGACAAUAAAAUGGCUUCCACGCCCAAAAGCGAUGAUGUCGUUUCUUUAAAUGAUUCUUGGAUCGAUAUAAAUGAAAAUUCCACAUAUUCGCCCAGUGAUACACCACUUCAUAUCCUCGUCAAAAACAAUGGACCAACCCUACAAAGUUUGGAGAAAUUAUUGUUGGAUGCACAAAAAGAAAGCCAAACAGGACAUUCAUCAUUGAAAGGUUCAUUUUUGGGUUCAUUACCGAUUACGCCUGACGGUUUGCAAACACCUCCGAAUAGCAUCUAUUUUAAUAAUAAUGAACAUAAUGAUCGAAGUCAUUUGAGUACGGAUUGGAUAUGGGAUUGGAGCAAUCGUGAUCCAUUGUCCAAAGAAUGGAAUAAUAUACAACCAAAUCGUAAAACUCGUCCAACGUUUCGUCAAUGGAUAAUACGACGUGGUAUCCUUUCGAAAGAAGUACUUUCAUUAUUAUUUUUGACCAAUAUACUUUCAUUGAUUUUGGGUGCCGGAAUUGGUUAUACAAUUAUUCUACGUCGAGCUUUUUAACAUAUAUAUGGUCCGAAUGAAUCAAUGAUUUUUUGGUAUUGAUGAUAACACAGGAAAACAAAAACAAAAAAUUUCAUCAAUAUUUUACCUUUAUAAUACACUUAUGAUUGCUGUUUUUUUUUCUACUUUACAUUUAUAUAUAUUAACAAAUGGUUUGGCCGU